AGUGAUUGAAUCUUCAAAUGGUUGUUAUUUAUCCAAGUUGGAAGGAAGAAGAAAGCCAAUCUUACGAAAUGCAGAGGGAAAGCAGUUUCAAGCCAGUCAGAUGCCUUCUUGCGACGAUGCUAUGUGCCAUUCUCCUUGUCAGCCCCGUUACAGUCUUCAUUUUCGGCUUCCACAUCUCAUAUCCGCAAUCCUUUUUCUCUUUCAACGCCAGUAUCUCCCACGACCAAUUUGUUUUGCCUCACUCCCUGCACACGGAUGUCGCUCAUUUGCAGAUCCAGCUGGGACUUUUGUUGCAGCAGCUGCAUAAUGAAAGUUCCGAAUCAAAAGUACUUGUGAAAUUUUCAGAUCAGGUUCUUCGCAUCGCCAUUUCUUUGGACAAGCUUGCUGAUAGCAUUACAAAGAAGCAUCAACCGGACAAAGAUGAAGUAAGCACCGUGGAUGAAGAUUUCACAAAUCCAGAGGAAGGUGAAGCUGAAGCUGAAGAACAGGUUCCAGGUGGCACAAUCUUCACUUCGGGUGAGAUUCGUAUUUACAUUUCACCAAAACAAAACAGGCAGAUUGGGAAGAAAAAUUUUCUUGGGGUAGAAGCAAUAACUCCAUCAAUUGGGUUGGCUUGUGCCCGAAUGGCAACCAAUUUAGACCGGUUUAUGAGUUAUAAGAUCCACGGCACGUGCCCAGAUGAUUCGGAAAUAGCUCAGAAGCUUUUAGUUCGUGGAUGUGAUCCAUUGCCAAGAAGAAGAUGCUUCACAAAAUCACCGCCACACUACACCAAGCCACUUCCUAUAAACUUCUCCCUUUGGACUCAACCUAGCAAUGCUAACAUCUUAUGGAACAGUUACAAGUGCAAAGACUACUCUUGCCUUGUUUCGAAAGAAACCAAGGACCGAAGAGGCUUCUUCAAAUGCUCGGACUGUUUUAACCUUUCGAAACAAGCGUGGGACACACCAACAAACGAGUCUGCAUCGGCAGAGUUCACCAUCGAUGAAGUUCUAAGCUUAAAGCCGGGGGAGAUAAGAAUUGGCCUAGACUUUAGCCCGACCACGGGAACAUUUGCUGCUAUCAUGAGGGGAAAAAACGUUACCAUUGCAUCAAGUACCUUAAACUUAGGGGCUCCUUUCAAUGAGGUCAUCGCCUUAAGAGGCCUUCUUCCUCUUUACACAUCAAUCGGUUCGAGGCUACCUUUCUUCGACAACACCCUCGACAUUAUCCAUUCCACUUUGUUCUUGGAUGGCUGGAUUGGAGCUGAACUCCUUCAGUUUGUAUUGUUUGAUUGGGACCGCGUCCUUCGGCCUAAGGGUCUUAUUUGGAUUGACAGAUUCUUCUGUCACAAGGAAGACAUGAAGUUGUAUUUGGACGAGUUUAAGAGGUUAGGCUACAAGCCAUUGCUAUGGAGGGUAGUGCCCAAGACCGAUAAGCUUGGAGAUGAGCUCUUCUUCUCAGCUGUUUUGGAGAAGCCAAUUAGAGGUUCAUAAUCAUCGUUAACGAGUAAAUUCCAGAGGUUAAUAACCGUCGUUAAUGAGUAAAUUUCUCAA